CAAAUAUAAGGCCACCCAGAAUAGAAGGCAACCUCCAACUAGAAACAGCUCAAAUAUGGAGAAAGGCUGGGGUCCCAGAGCCCGGCGGGUCUUGCAGUGGUGGCAAGGGUGCCGAGGAAUAGGACGAUGCCUGCCCACUCUCCCGGGUUCUUUUAGGUUGUCAUCAGGGGCUGAUGGGAGUAACAGUCCACCCAACUCUCCAGCUAGCUUCAGUGGACAUACCACACCUUCUCAGCAGCCUGAACCCGUGGUACAUUCUCUUAAGGUCUUGGAUGUUCAGGAAACUAUAGAUCGUCAACAGGGUAAAGAGUAUGAAAAUGACCUUAGUGAGACAGAAAAAGCUAUAGUCAGAGAAAUGUGCAAUGUUGUGUGGAGGAAACUUGGAGAUGCUGCAGGUUCCUGUCCUGGAAUUAGGCAACAUUUGUCUGGAAACCAGUACAAAGGACCAAUGUGAAAGGCACUCUUUCAAACAAGAGAUCACCACUGCCAGAGAGAGAAAAGAAGAAAAAAAGCUUGGACUCACUGAAUAACCUGGAGUGAUUGUAUAUUGCACAUAUUUUCCCUCUAAAACCUUUAGUAUUACUGACGCUGUAUUUCACGUCUCUCAUUUCCAUGUCCACAACAGCUCAUCUCAAACAGCUUUGAAAAUCACCAUUUGGGUACCACUAUUUUCAUUAGAACUAAAAUGUUUUUGACUCCUCAGAUCUAAGCUUGUCACUGGGAAACCUGCAUGAUUAGAAGAAUCCAGUAGGGCCUCAAUGGGUUUGAAGGAGUUGACUCAUUGCACAGAAUGGUGGGACUUUUCUAGCAUGCUGUGUUGAGGAAGAGGUGUCUUCCAGCUUUCCAAGUUUGGGAGUUGGGCACCUACUUCUUAUAUUUUAGUCAACAAAUUAUGAAUUCCUGAUGCAUAGUGAAUUUGGAUGUAAGAUAAGCUUAGGUUUCUGGGAUUUUGUUUUGACUGUUGAGGUGCUAAAAAUACCACAUAAAUUCUCUUUACCAGCUAGAAGGGUAGCAAGACUUUGUAGAGUGCUUAUCAGAGAGUACCAUUUAUUUCAAGUGAUCAAGAUAAAUAUAGCUUUUCUUUUAAUCUUGCUAUAUUCAUGAAGACAUCUCGGGGACAUACCAACUUCCAUAUUCAUUCAGUGUAUCCAUUGAUGUUAAUAUUAAUUCCAAUUAAAGAACAAGCAAACAUAAUUUUUCUAAGUGUUUCCAGCUGUGAGAUGUCAAUUUCUACAAUUUAGUUUCUAGAUCUGCUGUUAUAUUUAAUAAACUUUAUGUAAACUUUAAAAUAUUGCACUGCAUUUAUGAAAAAAGCUUUGCCUACAGCAGCUAACGUUUUAUGAAACUGACGCAUGUCCUUCAUUAUUGAGGCUAAAAGCUCUUGUUCAGAUUGCUUGAGGUUUGAAAAAGAGGUGUGCUAGCUUUGCUUAGUUUAUUUUUGGUAUAUAUAUAUAUAUAGACAGACUGUGUGUAUUGGAAAUGCUAUGAUAGGUAUUUUGUGUUUUUUUAAAUGCAAUGAUAGUUUCUUGUAUGAAUGUGCCAGAAUGCUAAGUUUUUAUUGUAGUUUAAAAUUAUAAGAUUGGGUUCAUAGCAGAUGUUUUUAAAUGGACUCAUUACAGUGUGUUGUCAUUGGUGAAGGAACGUGAAGGACUUUCGUUAUACUUUUUAAAAUGUUACUGUGAUGAAAAAACAGCCCUGUUUUCAGAAAAUAUUUAUGAAUUUACUAUAGCAUUAUCUCUAAUUAUUGUAAUUGGCUUACCAGUUAAGCUGAUCUUUCUUUUUGAAAUGUUAUAUUAUUACUCUGUAAAAAAAAAUUGCUCGCUAUAUUUACACCUUCUCUUGUAGAAAAGCUUUCAUCCUUAAAUUGUUGUAUUCCUACGCUCUGAGGACAUUUAAAACAAGUUUUUGUGCCUGCAGUAGACACUGCAGAAGCUAAUCCAAGGAACAGUGGUCUUUUGACAAAAUACUUGUGUAAAUUUUGAUACUGUAUUAAAACUAUUUUUUUAAAGUUCUGCAUAAAAUUGAGUAUCAAGUAUAUGUGUUCAUCUUAGCAAUGGUAAUAAAUUAUUUAAUCUCA